CAUGUGGAGAAAGGAGGAGGAAAGGCUCAAAUCCCGGCGCUGAGAGCGAUGCUAACCGAGCGGCUCACGGCAGCGGGGGAGGAGAUCCUCGUGGGCCUUGAGGAAACCUUGUCAGAGUACGAGGACCUAGUGGAGCGGUCCGAGCGUUCCGAGCGGGAGAUCUGCCGCCAGAGGAGGCUGCUCGAUGCCGUGAUGCAGCCCGUAGUCCGGCUGCACAGAGCAGUGUGUCCUGCAGACGUCCAGCAACUGAUGGUGAAUAAAGAAGAGGUUCCCCCUGAGCAGCAGCAGUGGAGACCCCUUGUGGACCAGGAGGACCCAGAGCCCCCCAACAUUAAGGAGGAACCGUGGACCAAUCAGGAUGGACAGAAGCUUCCAGGACUGGAGGAGGCUGAUAUCAAGUUCAUAUUGACUCCUGUCGCUGUUAAGAGUGAAGAAGAUGAAGAGAAACUUAAAUCGUCAAAGCUUCAUCCGAGUGAGACGAAGAACAACAGCGCGGACUGUGGAGGACCAGAACCAGCCAGGAACUCAGGUCCUGAUGGACGUUUACCCCCAGUUCCGGAGGACAAGGCUGAAGAGUCUUCUGAGACUGAAGACAGUGAGGAUGAUUGGAUGGAGACCAUGGAACCUCAGACUGGUUUAAAUACAGGAAAUAGCAAACAGCCUCUAAGUGAUAUGGGAUGUAAGUCAGAAACAAAAACAUUUAAUUGCUCUGAGUGUGGUACAAGAGUUAACCACAGGGGCCAUCUAAAAUCACAUGAGGAUUCAUACAGAAGAGAAACCGUUUAGUUGCUCUGAGUGUGGUAAAGGAUUUAGCUAUAGGCGCAAUCUAAAUACACAUAUGAGGCUUCAUACAGGAGAGAAACCAUUUAGUUGCUCUGAGUGUGGUAAAAGAUUUAGCCAAAGGUGCCAUCUAAAUACACAUAUGAUCAUUCAUACAGGAGACAAACCGUUCAGUUGCUCUGAGUGUGGUUAAAGAUUUAACC